AUAUACCACGGGUAAGGGAGCUAGUGCUGUUGGCUUGACGGCAUCAGUUCGUAAGGAUUACCAGACUGGGGAGUAUACACUUGAGGGCGGUGCACUGGUGCUAGCUGACAGUGGUAUAUGCCUGAUCGAUGAGUUUGAUAAGAUGAAUGAUGCUGAUCGUACCUCCAUCCAUGAGGCUAUGGAGCAGCAGAGUAUAUCUAUAUCUAAAGCGGGUAUUGUGGCAUCCCUCUCAGCCAAGUGCUCAGUCGUAGCAGCUGCUAACCCUGUCGGAGGUCGAUAUAACCCUAGUCUUACCUUCACUGACAAUGUAGACCUCACGGACCCCAUCUUAUCCCGUUUCGAUGCUCUAUGCGUGAUACGAGAUGAGAUAGAUAUAUUCCAAGAUGAGCGUCUGGCUGACUUUGUCGUCUGUACCCAUAUGCAAAACCACCCUCGUGAGCCUAACGACAACGUGAGGCCUCGGAACCAGGAGACGGAAGCACUAUACGAACCCAUCGAUCAAGACCUUCUGAGGAAAUAUAUCCUCUAUGCAAGGACGAGCGUCUUCCCCAAGAUAUCAGACGUUGAUGCGGACAAGCUGGCUAACUUCUACAAGGAGAUUAGAUCAGCUGCCUCUGAUAGUCACGGGCUUCCGAUGACGGUAGGU